UUGUCUACAGUCAUUCAUUGCAUUCGCGUUCGAAUUUAUUAGUCGGUCGUUCGUUUCUUUGCAUAAGUAGGUCCUGAUCGCAACCCGCAGAAUCCGUUACGGUCGAUUUUAAAAAUGAGAUCGCUGAGAUUACUCGUUUGCGCGUUUGUCUUGCUAGCGUUGUAUCGUGUGGCGCGAAGCUUUAAAUAUGAACAUUCGAACCAACAACUUUCUCACUGCGCUCAACGUUCGAAUAGGCAAAUUAACAAAUUGAAAGAUACGCAAGACCAUUGUUCAGUGACAAACGAUGCUGUUUCUCGCUUGUACACGAAAGAAACAUUUGAUUCUGUUACGGAUCGUUCGAAACAUAUGAGCAAGGUAGAUGCAGGAACUUUUGUGAUCGGAACAGAUGAACCUAUUUUUUUCGCUGAUGGAGAAGGACCGAAACGACAAGUAUAUCUCGAUAGUUUUUACAUAGACGAACAAGAGGUAAGUAAUGGUGAGUUUACAGCGUUUGUUGACGCAACUGGCUAUCGAACAGAAGCUGAAUCAUUUGGUGAUUCAUUCGUAUUCGGGGGUCUACUGAAAAAAGAAGUCAGAUCGAAAGUGCCGGUCGCCGUUGCUCAAGCUCCUUGGUGGUUACAAAUAAAAAAUGCGGAUUGGAAGCAUCCCGAGGGGCCUGCUUCGGACUUGGCGCACAGGAUGGAUCAUCCGGUUGUUCAUGUAUCGUGGAACGAUGCUUUCGCAUACUGCGCAUGGUUAGGAAAAAGAUUGCCUACCGAAGCGGAAUGGGAAGUGGCGUGUCGAGGUGGGCUUUCCGAUAGGUUAUAUCCGUGGGGUAAUAAUUUGAUCCCGAAUGGUCGGUACAGAGCAAAUAUAUGGCAAGGCGAUUUUCCCAGUAAUAACACUAAAGAGGACGGUUACGAGAGUACCUCGCCUGUUACAGAAUUCCCUCCAAACAAAUAUGGAUUACGUAACAUGAUUGGAAACGUUUGGGAAUGGACGUUCGACUGGUGGUCGGUUGACGUCGCGAACCGUGGCGGAUUCAUGAAUCCAAGUGGCCCAUCUCACGGUUCGGACAAAGUAAAGAAAGGUGGCUCUUACCUUUGUCACAAAAGCUAUUGUUUUAGAUACAGAUGCGCAGCUCGAAGUCAAAAUACACCUGAUACGUCGUCUGGAAAUCUUGGCUUUAGGUGUGCCCUCUCUGUUUGAUUUUCAUUGCAUAAUUACUCGUUUCUUUUCUAAAUAAAUUAUAUUCAUAUAUGUUUUACUUAAUAUUUUCUGUUUCCUUGGCGUUAUUGCGAGAUUCAUUUAAAAUUAACCAAUUGUCCUAC